AUGCCGCCGGUACUGCCCCCGGACAACACUAUUUGGUGGUGCGAUCCUAGCACCGAGUACGCGUUUGUCGGCUUCAGCUAUGAGGUCACUGCAUGUCAAACUCCCGAACAACUGCACCGGGAAUUUGCCGACAUUCGCUAUCACUUCAAUUCUCGCUACGUCCGACUGUAUGGGGCGUGCGAUAGGGAGGGCUUCUAUGAUGAUAUCGUCAAUGCUGCAUGGGAUAAUGGCCUGGGAGUACAUGCUCUCGUCUGGUUUGGUUUCGACGGGAGUGACAUCUGGAUAACACGCCGCGACACCCUCUUCGCCUCGCUACAUGCGAAUCCUAAGGCGAAGUUCAUCACCCGCGGCGUCCAAUUUGGGUCGGAGCCGCUGUACGACAACGUUCUCCCUCACCAGCAACUCGCGGAACAAGUCAUCCUCGCGAAGGCAAACUUAUCGAGCCUCAACAUUCCUGUCACUGUCAGUGAACUUGCGUAUGGAUAUCAAGAGCGCGGCGGUGCACAGGAUGUGCUCGAUGCGAUUGACUUCAUCAACAUUCACAUGUUACCCUUCUUCGACCAGGAUGCGUCAACGGCGAACGCAUCCUGGCCAAUUGUGAUCGACAAGAACCUAGAUUUCUUCAUUGAGAACGGGAACGGAAAGAAGAUGUAUUGGGACGAGAACGGCUGGCCAUCGGUGACGUCGCCGAAUGUCCAGCCCAACAGUCCAUACGCAGUUUCAAACAUACCAAAUGAACACGCAUACUUCGAGCUCCUCGACUCCAAGUGCGAAUACUUGAAGACCGUUGUGGGUGGUGGCGUGGGAUGGUUCGCUCACAUAUAUUCGGACAAUAUGGAGCCAGGAUACGGGAUCUACAACAGCUCGGGGCACAUGAAGUUCCCAUUCCACCCACGAACGGAGUGCUAG